AUGUCAUCUUCUACUACAAGUAUACCACCCUUAGAGUCUGUCUUCAAUUUGAACGAAUUUGAAGUCAUCGCUUCAAAGAUUCUUCCAGAAAAAGUAUAUGCUUAUUAUGCUUGUUCUGCAGAUGAUGAAGUAUCAUAUAGACAAAAUCAUCAUUCUUAUCAAAAGAUAUAUUUUAGACCAAAAAUUUUAGUAGAUGUCACCGAUAUUGAUUUAACCACAGAAAUGUUCGGCAGAAAAUUUAAAUUCCCAUUCUAUGUGAGUGCUACUGCUUUAUGUGGUCUAGGAAAUCCAGAAGGUGGUGAAGUGAGUAUUGUGAAAGCAUGUGCCCAUGAAGAAUUCUGUAUACCGCAAAUGAUCUCUACUUUCUCUUCAAAUUCUUUGGAGGACAUCGUUGCAGCUAAGAGUAAUAGUGCUCAAGAACAAUGGUUUCAAUUGUAUGUUAAUGGUGAUAGAACAAUCACAAAAGAUUUGAUUCUAAAAGCAGAAAAAUUAGGUGUCAACGCUUUGUUUGUCACAGUGGAUGCGGCACAACCUGGUAAUAGAGAACGUGAUUUAAGAUUUAAAUUCUCGAAUAGUGAUAAGAAAAAGGGACCAAACGUUAUGAAACAAGGUCAAACAGCUAAUGGUACUUCAGGUGCGUUGUCAAAAUUGAUUGAUACAGCUUUAACUUGGAAAGAUAUUGAAAACUUCAAAAUUUAUACAAAUUUGCCAAUUGUCUUGAAGGGUGUCCAGAGAGUUGAUGAUAUAAUUAAAGCUGCAGAGAUUGGAUGUAGUGGCGUGGUAUUAUCUAACCAUGGUGGGAGACAAUUAGAUUUCUCCGUGCCACCUGUAGAGGUUCUAGCCGAGGCGAUGCCAACUUUAAGAAGCCGUGGCUUGGAUAAAAACUUUAACGUCUUCAUUGAUGGUGGUAUUCGUCGUGGUACAGAUGUGUUAAAGGCUCUAUGUUUAGGAGCAACGGGUGUUGGUAUUGCCUCACCUUUCCUAUAUGCAAACUCGUUAUAUGGUACAGAAGGUGUAGAGAAAGCAUUCGAUCUAUUGGUUAAAGAAUUGAUCUUGUCGAUGAGAUUAUUAGGGGUAACAGACAUUUCUCAAUUAAAUCCAGACCUAUUGGAUUUAAGAGGGUUAUAUGAUAGAUCUUUACCCUCUAAUUAUCCUUUCCAUCAUCACGAUACCACUUACGAAACAAAUGCUAAAUAUUAA